AGCAAUCCCUAACACAUUUUGGCGGGAAAACACUGCGAUUUGAACUCUUCGAGAAUACUUUAUCUCUCCACUCUAUCUAUCUUGGAAGGCGAUUUUGAAGAUGGAAGGCAGUGAAAGCGAAACGAUUUUCGAUUCGCUGAACCUAAAUCCUCAGCUUUUCAUCAACGAGAUCCUCAAUAAUGUUGAUGAUCAGCUCGAUGGGGCUUUAGACUUCUUUCAUCAGCAGGCCUCGACGAUGCUGAAAAUUGAGGGCACCGACAGGUCCGACGAUCUAAGCAAAGGUGUUUCCGACAUUGGGAACAUGAUUCGGUCGGCCCUGGAUAAGAGGCUGAGCAUGUGGGAGAAGUAUUGUCUACGGCACUGUUUCGUUGUUCCAGAAGGAUUUUCACUGCCCAAAGCUAAUGGAUCAGAUGGUGAUAGUUUGAUGGAUCUAGAGAUUCUCCAUGAUCGAGAUUUGGAUGUGCAGUUGGAUUCCUUGAGGAAUAAGCUUGUGUUGGUUGGAAAGGAGACUGCUGAGUUGAACAGAGAACUCCGUGCAUUGGAAAGACAGUCUGUUUUAAGCAAUCAUUGUGCUGGAUCUGUUAACGAGGCAUUACAGUUAUAUGAGCAACACAAUGUGCAUGGCAUGUUCCAAGAGCUGACCAAAACUGCAUCUGAGCUUCGUAAGAAAAUGGAGCAGCUGAAGGCCAAAAGGCUGGAGCAGAAUGGGCGCACUAGAACAGAGCGGAUGCACAUUUCAGAUGGAGAUCUGUUUAGGAUAAAUCGUGGCAAUGGCCUAUCCGAUGCCUCAUUGGAACAACUUCAAGAGUUUAUAGCUCAUAUAAAGGAUGUGUGAGCAUUUGCUAUUGUUUUAUCAGCCCUUUCUGUAUAGCCUGUUGGUGUUCUGAUAACAUGUAAGAGAUCUCUUUCAUGCCACUAUUGCUAUCUAUUGUAUUUCUUUUGCCAUUUAUAUCAUCUAGUAUCAUCUAGGGAUAGGGAUAAAAGUGUAAUCUCAUGUUGUAUUAUUCAUCUGAUUUGCAUUGAAUUUUUGGCAUGUAAUGAUAAACAAGUUUUAGAUUUAAGAGUAAAAUAAGUAGAUGAACCCACAGUAUUUGAAAUUUUAUAA